UAAGUCUUUAUUUAUUUUCACUAUUGAUAAAAGCAUUAAUUUGUUUCCAUGUUCAAAAAUUGUUCUUGGCCAUGGUUUUCUUUUUUGGGAUUAACGGAACGUAACAGUAGCCAGCAAGCUAACUGCUAGCUAACCUGCUGUAUUGCGGUUAGCUUUGACAGCCAGAGGCGUGCGGUGACUUUGAUUUGAUCCCAGUGUGACAGUUCGGGGAGUGAUCAGAGAAUGGACGUCACCGUGUCAGCCCCCGGUGGGACAGCAGAGGACAUGGAAGGCAUCUGCGUCAUGCCCGACUUGAGCGUCAUCAAGACCGAGCAGUCGAUGGGCGCGAGCCCCGACGACACGGGCCCCCAAAACGUGGCCAUGGGCAUCAAGUUCAUCCUGCCCAACCGCUUCGACAUGAACGUCUGCUCGAGAUUCGUCAAGUCGCUCAACGAGGAGGACAGCAAGAACAUCCAGGACCAGGUCAACUCCGAUCUGGAGGUGGCUUCCGUUUUAUUCAAAGCCGAGUGCAACAUCCAGACGUCCCCGUCCCCGGGGAUACAGGUGCGCCACGUGUACACGCCGUCCACCACCAAGCACUUCUCCCCCAUCAAGCAGUCCACCACGCUCACCAAUAAACACCGCGGCAACGAGGUUUCCUCCACGCCUCUUUUGGUGCAUUCUCUGUCCAUUCAUCAGCUCGCAGCACAGGGUGAAAUGGUGUUUCUGGCCAGCAGGAUCGAACAAGAGACCGUCAUCAACCACCAAGACGAGGAAGGCUUCACCCCCCUGAUGUGGGCGGCGGCGCACGGACAAAUCGCCGUCGUGGAGUUUCUCCUCCAAAAUGGCGCCGACCCCAACCUCCUGGCCCGGGGGAGGGAGAGCGCGCUGUCCUUGGCCUGCAGCAAGGGGUACACCGACAUCGUCAAGAUGCUCAUCGACUGCGGCGUCGACGUGAACGAAUACGACUGGAACGGGGGAGCCCCUCUGCUGUACGCCGUCCACGGGAACCAUGUGCGCUGUGUGGAGAUCUUGCUAGAGAGUGGCGCUGACCCUACCAUAGAGUCGGAUUCUGGAUUCAAUGCAAUGGACAUGGCUGUGGCUAUGGGUCACCGGAAUGUUCAACAGGUGAUGGAGGCCCACCUGCUGAAGUUACUGAUGGGGAUCAGAGAAUGAGCCGGGCCACAAGCGGCGGCCAGCAGCAACGUUUGGUUUCCGUUCGUGAGGUUAAUCAACAUUACGUUGAAAGUGUGACGCACAUGACGGUUUGAAAGGUGAUAAAAACCCACUCAAACAUAUUUUGUGUUGGAUGUGGAGUAGCAAAUGUCAUGCAGACACAAAGAACAAAAAUGUAAAUCAGAGGUCUUUGCUUCUACCCAGCAUGCAUUGCUGACUGCAGCGUGCCACAUGACGUGGAGCGCAGUGUGGAACUGAUGGAGCUCACCAGGCAUGAAGUGUUUGUUUGCAGUCUUUCAUCAUACGUGUUACCUCCUUUUCCUGUAGGAUUUCUUUCUAACUUAUUAACCUUAAAGAUUCGUGUUAUGUUGAAUUGCCUCGUGUUCAUAAUGAGCUCGUUUUGGGUGGACUGAAAGGUUUUUACAAACCGUGCCAAGCAGUUGGAUCUUUGUGCCGUACUGACGUUAUUUAUUUCAAAACUGUAGUUGCUGUGUUGUAAUGUGAUUAAAGUGUACUGAUCACACCUGAUUAAAACAUCCAAUGUGCUGUUUGUCACUUU